CAGCGAGCGUGUUUAGAGCGCUCUUUAGGCGAAAAUAGGUACUAAACUUGUAAACAAAAACACCGAUUGAUAAAAAUGUGAUAAGUAAUUUUGAAUUUUUGUGCCAAUAUGAUUAACGAUGAUGAUUUAUGAUCGUUGUAUAAAAAUAAAAUAUAGUAAAGUUAUUUCGCGCCUCGUUCGUAAGAAAUCGCGUAGAAAAGUGGCCGCGGCGUAAAAUAAAAUGAGCAACAUUUCCGGUUCCGGUGAUUUAUCGAAUACGUUUUACACUAAAAAUAAUCCGGAUGUUCGUCCAUCAAACGGUAGUGCACUUCCUUCAGUGCCCACUCCUUACGUUUAUCCUCAUUCGUUCGUUCUUCCGCCGUUUCCUCCUCAUACGAAUAUCAACUUUGCUAAUCCUUACAAUUAUCCUCCGCCACCUUUUCCUCCACCGUUGAUCGGUGGUUUUCCAACGUUUCCUCCUGCGUAUGUGAAUCAUCCUACGAGCGUAGCUUUUGCGGCAGGACAAUCGACUUCCAGUGAAAUUAUUUCCGAUGACGAUUUCAAGCUCGAUAAAUUUUUUCCCGAAGCUGUGAAAAAACCUAGAAUCUCAUCUCGAGUCAAAUUGUGGGAAAUUAGUCGUCAAUUGAGAUCAUAUUGCAGAAUGUUGAGAGCUCUAGAAGACGACCUAGAAUACAUCAGUGAAGAACGUACGUUGCUAGAUGAGGAUAAAGUUCGCGACAUCGUUUCCAAGCAGGAGCGGUUAAUUUCUUGCAAAAAUUCGCUGUGCCAAGAUCCUACGCUUCUGACGUGUUUGAAGUAUAAAAUAAACGAACGCAGAAAGAAAAGAAAGUAUAGGAAAGCUAAGCGUAAAAGUAAAUCUAAUAUUCACGUUUACGAAAUCGCUUCCGAACAUAUGCAACGGUUGGAACAAGAAGCUACUCGCGUGAAACAGGAUGAAAAAUUGAAACAAGAAGCCGAUACUAUACUUUCGUCUGUGAUACAGAAGAAGACUGACGCUCGUUACCAAAUUCAGUUGCUUCAGAAUCUAUUGAAAUUACAUUCCGCUAGAGUUCAUCAGUUGACCGUUGAAACCAAUUUUACUCCAGAUAUUUCGAUAACCGGAUUUGAAAAAGUAUUAGAAAAAUUAACGAAUUUAUGGGAAUCCAAAAUACGCGAGUAUGCGACCGAAGAGAAAGGAUUGAAGUUGAUGAUCAAAGAAUUGGCUGUUAAUGCCGAAGACGAGGAAAUUAAAGAAUUGAAGAAUACAUUCGCUAAAUGGCUGGAGUUGAUGUUCGGAACUCGCGACUCGCACAGUGAUCUGUUUUAUUCUACCUUCGAACAACUGAUAAGAAUUAGGUCAGAUUGGGAUAAGUACGUGGUUGAUGGAAAUGACCCGAACGGUUCGAAAAUUCCAGGCGGUUGGGUUAUACCAAAAUACAACGAAAAUCGAAGCUGGAAUAAAUUUUUAUUCAAUUAAUAUAAGAAGCUAGGGUAAAAAGUAGUAAAACGUAUUAUCGAAGGAAGAGUCUGCAAAAUUUCAGACUUAUCGAGUGAAAUAAAUAACCACUCGGUGCUGAAUUACGCUUUCAUCAGGGUUGGUUUUGGAUUCCUGAAAAAAAUUUGAUCUAAAAUAGGAAUAGAAAUGAAACAAUUUUGUUUCUUUCGAAACUGUAAUUUUCUAUUUUGACAGUAUCGGAUGCACCCGAUGAAACUUGUGGGAUUUUUGAUGUAGUCGUUAAACUACGUACAAAUCAUUAUCGAGUGACUUAGUUAGCGGUACUUCUCAUGAUAUGGAACUGAUUCGUUGACUGCUCUCUCGGUUUGUGUGAUUUGAUGGUUCUUUUUUUUAUCUCAUCAAAAAAAUACUAACUAUUUGAGGUUUUGUUUUCCUUUUUUUUGUUUCAUCGCAAUUUAUCAAUUUUUCUUUCAUAACGUGUUUGAAGAAUUUUUACCGUGAAAAAAUAUUGUUCAUGUUCGAUAGAAGUCGCUCAAGUAGGUCAGUAGGUAUCCAACUAUCGAGAAUUUUCUACAUUUUUAAACAUUUCUCCGGAUAUGCCAACUUGAAAUUAUUUAUAAUUUUUGGGAGAAGAAUAGCAUUUUUCUUCGAUUUAUCGAAGAACUACAACCACCUGACCACUUUUUACAAUUUUUUUUCUCUCAUAAUUUUCCAACAUGAACAUUCUAGUAAAUUUUAAAAAUGCAUUAAAUUUUUACAUCACUAAUCUAAUAUUUAACCAUUUUAAAUCAAAAUAUAUCAAUAUUUUUCUUUCAAUUUUUUAUUUCAACAUUUUUGUAUCUACUACCUAUUCAAUUUGUAUCCGUUUAUCUUAAAUGAAAAUUCAUUGAGAAUAAGAUACCUAACGCAUUUAAGUUUGAAUGAUCAACACACGAUAAUUUAAUUUACCAUCGUAAUUUUUUUUUUUUCAUUUUUCGCGUAAAUGAAAAAUUAUGGUAAGAAUUUGAUAGGAGUAAUUUUUAAAGAAAACUGAUUGGUAAUGACCGUUGAAAUUUUCAUAUCUGUAAUCUGUGCACGAGUGUGUGAAUAAAUUUACACCAGAAGGCAGAAAGCGACACAGCAAAAUAAAUUUUUCUAUAAUAAGUCUGAAAUGACUUUUCCAUACGAAGAGUUGAACUCAAGAACUGAAGAACGUUCUAACUCCAAACCAAAACCAAACAAAACAAAACCUCGCAUCGUUUUUUGAAGUGGGAACGUCUAUCUACAAGAGUACCAUGAUGGACAGGAGCAGAGCUGAUCCACGACAUGGCGAAUUGGCGAGAUCCAAACAUAUUUCUUCAAUUUCCGCUCUGAAUUGAAUGAUACUUGAAGAUUUUAAUUUAAAAAUAAAACAAGGAAAAAAUCAUCUAGCGAUGAAAGAGAAUUUUUUUUAGGUCCUACUUGCAGUGGUAUCACUGUACACGUCAACAGUCAACAUUGGAUAAAAAAAAAUCGCGAAAUUUCGUUUUCUAGCGUUCACGUUGUGAUAUUAAACUCUGUUGUGAACAAUAAUUGGAGUGGUACUUUGAUUAAAAUUAAUUGAAUAAAAAUGCGGAUAUAUUUUGCAAAGUGUUUGUAGACAAUUUAUGUUUAUACAAUAUUUUAUACCGCUGUGAUUCGAUACUUCCUGAGUUUUCCAUCGUUAACCGAACCUCAAGAUGAACGGCGACUUGGAACUUACCUUUAGUCAAAAAUCUGAAGAAGCGGAGAAAAUUAAGGAAUCCGCCAACGAAUACUUCAAAA